GUGCGGAAGGAAAACCACGUGAAUGAACAACGGAGGCUACAACAACAUAACGAGUAGCAUUGUAUCAUCAGCGCUAUGGUCUAACCACCAGACACCAUGUUGAGUCGUCUACAGGAGCUAAAGAAGGAGGAGGAGACCCUCCUAAAGAUUAAAGUUAUGCUGCAGGACCAGCUCAACAGACUCAAGUUUGAAGAAGGGGCCCUAAAGUCCAUCAUCAACGCUCAGACAGACGAAGGGCCUUCACAACCUGCCAGUCCUCCUGAGGUUCCUCUGAACCUGGAUGACGAAGCAGUGAUCAACCAGACCAAACUGCUGCUGAGUGGUCCUGUAGACUACCACAUAGAGGAGGAGGAAGAGGAGGAGGAGGAAGAUGAGGAGGAGGACGACGACGAAGACGACGACAACAAUGAGCUUGAAGCAGUGCCUGAGGAAGACGAGGAGGACGACGAUUAUUACUGAGUGGGCCUGUCCCAAAUGGCCCCCUGUUCCCAAUGUAGUGCACUGGGCUUGAGCAGGGACCUGGACAAAUGUAGUGCACUGGGCUUGAGCAGGGACCUGGACAAAUGUAGUGCACUGGGCUUGAGCAGGGACCUGGACAAAUGUAGUGCACUGGGCUUGAGCAGGGACCUGGACAAAUGUAGUGCACUGGGCUUGAGCAGGGACCUGGACAAAUGUAGUGCACUACAUAGGUAAUAGGAUGUAAUUUGGGGCGUUGCCAGUGUAUCGACCUCCUAAAGAGAUGUGUGUAUAUAAUAUUACAGACUGUUCUUUUGUUUUGCAUCCUGUACUUCUGAAGUUAUUUAUUAUUAUUAUUAUUAUUAUUAUUAGUUAGUUAAACUACUAACUUACAGUGGUAAAUAAAAUGUAGACAGUCUCCUUCUGUUCUUGUCAACUCCUUACUGAAUUGUCAUGUUUGGCUUGACAAUGACAGCAGUAGAGUUGGCUAGAGUACAAACAGAUCUGGGACCAGGCUUGUUGUCAUUACAUAAUGACAGCAGUAGAGUUGGCUAGAGCACAAACAGAUCUGGGACCAGGCUAUUGUCAUGCCAUAAUGACAGCAGUGGAGUUGGCUAGAGCACAAACAGAUCUGGGACCAGGCUAUUGUCAUGCCAUAAUGACAGCAGUAGAGUUGGCUAGAGUACAAACAGAUCUGGGACCAGGCUUGUUGUCAUUACAUAAUGACAGCAGUGGAGUUGGCUAGAGCACAAACAGAUCUGGGACCAGGCUAUUGUCAUGCCAUAAUGACAGCAGUAGAGUUGGCUAGAGUACAAACAGAUCUGGGACCAGGCUUGUUGUCAUGCCAUAAUGACGGCAGUAGAGUUGGCUAGAGUACAAACAGAUCUGGGACCAGGCUUGUUGUCAUUACAUAAUGACAGCAGUGGAGUUGGCUAGAGUACAAACAGAUCUGGGACCAGGCUUGUUGUCAUUACAUAAUGACGGCAGUAGAGUUGGCUAGAGCACAAACAGAUCUGGGACCAGGCUAUUGUCAUUACAUAAUGACAGCAGUGGAGUUGGCUAGAGCACAAACAGAUCUGGGACCAGGCUAUUGUCAUGCCAUAAUGACAGCAGUAGAGUUGGCUAGAGUACAAACAGAUCUGGGACCAGGCUUGUUGUCAUUACAUAAUGACAGCAGUAGAGUUGGCUAGAGCACAAACAGAUCUGGGACCAGGCUAUUGUCAUGCCAUAAUGACAGCAGUGGAGUUGGCUAGAGCACAAACAGAUCUGGGACCAGGCUAUUGUCAUGCCAUAAUGACAGCAGUGGAGUUGGCUAGAGCACAAACAGAUCUGGGACCAGGCUAUUGUCAUGCCAUAAUGACAGCAGUGGAGUUGGCUAGAGUACAAACAGAUCUGGGAGCAGGCUAGAUGUAAAUGUAUUGAUUUACUGUAAGAACAUGAACAGGAAUGAACUGUGUUCUCCCUCACAUUAAUUAAUAAGGUCUUUUUUUUGUAGCCUGGGAUACUAAAAGAUCUGUUUUGUGCUGUAUAGCCACUGUUAUCAUGUUAUACAUAAUAUUGUAGCGAUCCUUGCUAAUAUGAGCCAUGUUACAAUUCCCGCCAAGUGGGUUAACCCUAUUGGCACGACACAUGGAGGGGUUGUUCUGUCAGGCUCAGCGACCCAGGUUCGCUUCCCUGUCUGGGACCAGGCUGUCUGACGUAUCGCCUGUAAAACCAUAGAGUUUUUGUUCCAUAUCCGGUUCUCGUUCAGUAUCUCUCACUGGUCCAGCAGUAAUUGUAGUGUUCAAUGCUUGUAGCUCACUGUUCUACUGUUGAUGUGUGUGUGUGUGUGUGUGUGUCUCUAUGGAUGUUGAGGCAUGAAUCUAGUAGGGUGGUAUUCAGAACAUACCGUUUCGGUACCAUACCGGGGGAAUACGGUAUUACCGAAUGUGUACACAAGGGGUACUAUUUUUGUUGUUUAAAACUAUACUGAACCAAAAUAUAAAAAACGCAACAUGCAACAAGUUCAAAGUUCAUAUUAAGAAAAAUCAUUCAAUUGAAAUAAAUUCUUUAGGCGCUAAUCUAUGUUGGUCACAGAUACCUUCAAAGAAAAUGGGAUCUCGUUGCGGUAUUUCUGUGCAUUCAAAUUCUCUAAAACGACAGGUCUCAUUGUGGAGAAAUGAACAAUCAAUUCUCUGUCAACAGCUCCGGUGGACAUUCCUGCAGUCAGCAUGCCAACUGCACACUCUCUCAAAACUUGAAACAUCUGUGGCAUUGUGUUGUGUGACAUCUGCACAUUUUUAGAGUGGCCUUUUAUUGUCCCCAACACAAGGUGCACCUAUGUAACGAUCACGCUGUUUGAUCGGCUUCUUGAUAUGCCACACCUGUCAGAUGGAUGAUUAUUUUAGCAAAAUGAGAAAUGCUCAAUAACAGAUGUAAACACAUUUGUGCACACAGUUUUAGAGAAAGAAGCUUUUUGUGUGUAUGGACCAAUUCUGGGAUCUUUUAUUUCAGCUCAUGAAACAUGGAACCAACACUUUACCUGUUGCGUUUUUAUAUUGUUGUUCAGUGUAUCUAGGCAACAGGGCUCUUGAUCCAGGAGGGGGGGGGGGUUAAUGUCUCCGCUGUAACCCACGAAGCUUAAUGUUGACGUCUAGACACUUAGCGGGGCAAGUUAGCAAACCAAGUGAAAGAGCUGGAGCAGUGGCUUUGCAUGCAGCCCCCCCCCCCCCCAGCAACGAUUGCAAAUUAUACCGUCGGUAUUGCUAAAUAUCCCCUAGAAUGUAGUCCAGAACCAGAGCAAACUUGGGUUCAAAUCCUUUUUUUCAAAUAACUUCGAUGUGCUUGAUUUGAGCUCGUCUUUUGCAAAUGGAACCAACAGCAACCUGACACUGUGUGCAGAGUCAAGCAAACGCUCAAAUAUUGGGUUUUCAAAAAGAAUUUGAACCCAGGUCCGAGCCAGAAGAAUCACGAUCUCUCUAUUUAAUAAGAGCAUGAAACCAUGUGUACGGCUGGGCUAUAUUGGAUAUAAGGAGACAAGACAGUACAGUGGAGAUCAAUACAUUACUGUAUCAACGAUAACAUGCAGACUGUGCAGUAUGUUAUGAGAGUUAAAAUUCAUGAGCACAAAAUAAAGAACAAUGGCAAGAUGG